UGUGUGUGAACGCUGGCCCAGGUGAUGCAGGUGGUCCGGGAGCAGAUUACCAGGGCUCUGGCCAUGAAGCCGUCCUCCAUAGACCAGCUGAAGAACAAGCUGCGAGGCCUCAGCUACUCUGAGAUACUGCGUCUGCGGCAGUCAGAAAGGAUGAGCCAGGACGACUUCCAGUCUCCGCCCAUCAUAGAGCUGCGGGAGAGGAUUCAACCCGAGAUCUUGGAGCUCAUCAAGCAGCAGCGGCUCAACCGGUUGUGCGAGGGAAGCUGCUUCCGUAAACUGGGGAACCGUCGAAGGCAAGAAAAGUUCUGGUUCUGCCGAUUAUCUCUUAAUCACAAAGUUCUGCACUACGGGGAUUUGGAGGAGUCACCUCAGGGUGAAGUGCCUUUUGAGCUACUGAGUGACAAGAUCCCUGUCUCAGACAUCAAGUCUGUGUUAACAGGAAAGGAUUGCCCUCAUAUGAAGGAGAAAAGUGCUCUAAAACAAAACAAGGAGGUGCUGGAGCUGGCCUUCUCCGUCCUCUACGAUCCGGACGAAACGCUUAAUUUUGUUGCACCGAACAAAUACGAGUAUUGCAUCUGGACCGACGGGCUGUGUGCGCUGCUGGGCAGAGAGAUGGGCAGUGACCUGACACGCAGCGACCUAGAUACCCUCAUAAGCAUGGAGAUGAAGCUCCGCCUCCUCGACCUUGAGAACAUCACGAUCCCAGAAGCCCCGCCUCCAGUGCCAAAGGAGCCUAGCUCUUACAACUUCUCCUACAACUACAGCUGAGUUGUGCGUGUGCUUCUGUGUGUGCUCGAAUGCCAUGCAUGCAUGUAUUGAUAAAAGACACGUCUACUCAUCUGUCGAUGAAUUUAGCUGCUUAUAUUUAUAAGGGUUGAUUUUCUUUCCCAGAACUUUAAAAACACACGUUUAGGAUGCAGUAUGGUUGUCAGACUUAAAACAAAAAAACAAACAAAAAAAAUGUGAUAAUAGCUUUAUGGUGGGGUCAGAGGUUAAACUUUACUUAACAGUUGAGAACCCCGACAGCAUCUUCAUCUCCUCUAAUUCAGAAAUGAAACCGGAGCUUUUAGUUUCUCGGUAAAGUGAAGGCGUUCUUGCUAAGUCGAGCUAUGCGUGGUAGCCAUGGCAACUGGUAAUGAAGGGGCUGCUGUUUCAGUUUAAACGUUUAAAAUUUGCUGUGGUACUGCUCGUUCCUCCACUUGUACAGUAAAACACAAUCAGCUCUACACUUUUUCUCCACUAUUGCCUCAUUAAUAUCAAGUUAUAAACAUGUUGGACCGUCAUUAAGCUGGACAGCUUUCUCUGUAGCAGCCUGUUUCUGCUAUGAAAUGAGAUGUACGUGUGCUAGAGAAAUCUUCAGACGGGGAUUAAUUUUUGUUGACGAUAAAUAUCAGGACUGGCACGAGUCCAGGUGCUGAAACCUCCAUUUGUGUCUUCACAAAGUUUGUUGUUUUUCUGAGCAGUUGCUAAAUCUGCUGAUUGGAAACCCAAAUUGGAUCACACAAACAAUCAAAACCGGACUAGAUUUGGUCAUUGUUACUGGAUGAGGGCUGGUAGUAAGCAGUUACCAGCACAAAGCUGAGUUUACACACCUGGUGUCACUGAUCGCUGACGCUGCCUGAAUUUCUUUUUUUCUCACAUUUUUCUUGGCUGCUCUACAGUAUCGGCUCACAAAAGGGAUUCAAUUACCUAAUUCAGUUUUCAUUCUUUGUGUGUAUGUGUCUGAGUGUGGACAUCUUCAGGUUUUUUUGUGUGUUCAUAUUGGUUCCCAAACUGUGGUAUAAACACCAGUAGUGAUGCACUCCUGGUAAACUGGUUUUUAUGAGCUUGGUCGCUGUAUUUACUUACCAGUAUAACUUGGUGCAGCAUUUUGACAAACCUGCAUGAUGUAGUUGUAACAAACAUAAAGAUAUUUUAACAGAGAACAUUUUUGUAUAUGAAGUAGAGAUUCACCAAUAUAUCUACAACAAUAAGGAUCUGGCAUUUUUCUAAAGACUAAAAGAAUAGUUUUUCCCUACUUAUGAAAUGUCUUUAUUGACAUGCAGUAUGCUUUGAUACAUUUCAUCCAUCCAUUUUCUUUACACCCUUGUCCCUUAAUGGGGUCAUUAAAUCUUUAAGGUCUUAUGGUCCUUUGAAUAAGAAAAUCUUAAUCAAUCAAAAUUGAAAUUUGGAAGUCAGACUUUUUAAAAUAUCUGGAAAUUGGUAUCAGCCAAAAACAAAAAAUCCUAAUUGCUCUAGAGGUUAGCCAGAGUAAUGCAUAAAUUACACAGCAUGAGUUUAUAAUAUACUUCCAUAAUUAACAGUUUAACAGUGUUAAAAAGUAUUAAUAUAUUUAGUCAGUUCUCUGUUGUGCAUAAGGAAAAAGAGAAAACAUUUCUUCAAUGUUUGAUAUCAGAUGUCUACAACUACAUAUCAUGCUGGAUACAAAGUAGGUAAAGAUGGUUUUUAAUAUAAAUGCUAUGUGGUGUUGUGUUUUCGCAACUUAAGGCAUGGCGUUUCAGUUUGCAUCAUAAAAACUUACCUUGCAUUGCUUAAACGAAGGAAGCCGCUUCUAUUCGUUUUACCAGUUUAACAGUUUAACACUCUCACUGCACAGACCAGGGGAUUUAAGGAGCUUCUCUGCAAUCUACUAUUGAAACUAUGCUGGAUUUUCCAAUCCUAUGAAACUCAAACUUUC